AUGACGCUGCAAAGGAAGAGGUCACAAGGGAGACCUGCACUGGUGCUUUGCUGGUUUCUACUCUGGAUCUCUCUUCAACCAGACUCCCUCCACAGGGUGUCAGCUGUCAAUCUGCGGCGCUUCAUUGGUUGUGCAGUCCGGGAGUUCACCUUCCUGGCCAAGAAACCCGGCUGCGGGGGCCUGCACAUCACCACUGACGCCUGCUGGGGGCGCUGUGAGACCUGGGAGAAGCCUGUCCUGGACCCUCCCUACAUUGAGUCCUACCAGCGGGUUUGUACCUACAAUGAGACCCGCCUGGUCACCGUGAAACUGCCCAACUGCCAGCCGAAUGUCGACCCAAUGUACACCUACCCCGUGGCCUUGAGAUGUGGCUGUGGGGUCUGUCUGACCAGCACCACUGAAUGUAUAACCUCUGUGUGACACAGGUCUGAACAGGCAGAAAUUGUUUUUGUUUUUAACAUUUUUACACUUUUGCUUUUAAUAACUGCUCUGGAAUCGGAAAAUUGGACGAUGAGGUCUACAGACAACACGUAUGUCAUGAGAAUAGUCUGUAAAAUGCUACAAUCACAUAAAAACGUUGCUAGUCAGCAAUGCUAGCUUUCGAAAUUCAAACUACUUCCCGAUUCUGUAGCUGGAAUUUAAUCUCCACUAAAGUUUGUCUGUGACUGUGGUUCCUUGGCACUGCCUGUUAAAUUUAUGUCAACUGUUCAGAUAUUUUCUCUAUAAAAAGAGGGUUUCAGAACACAUACUGUCUUCUACAGGAAAACAGCCACCAGAAAAAUUAGGUAA